UACUACUACGUAAAAAAUUUCACACUGUAGAAGUGUUGAUGAGCGAGCUUCAAUAAAUGUUAAUUUUUAUAAGAAUUGAAAAGUACAUCAGAAUUAAAAUUUUUAAUUGUCAAUACCUCUGCUUUUAUUGAAGUUGUAACAGAACAUGCCGAGUUCAAUUGAAAAUCAAGAUAAAACUGAAUACCCAAAGACAACACCUGGGGUUUUAUUUGGAUCGUUAAUAUUGUAUGUAGCCGCAAUAUUUUUACUAAUGUCGUUUUGUUCACCAUAUUGGAUGGAGUCUUAUCCAGAAAGUCAAAGCCACUUUAUAAACAUGGGUCUUUGGGAGUACUGCUUUAAGCAAUUUCAUUAUCCUUAUUACCAAUUUCCUAGGAGUUUUAGUGGAUGCCAUAACAUAUUUAGUAAUGAAUAUUACGUUAUAAGGGAAUGGCUUGUACCCGCUUGGUUAAUGCUUGUUCAGACAUUUGUUUGCAUUUCUUUUAUUCUUACAUAUUUAGCUUUAAUCUUGCUGUCUCUAGUAGUUAUACGUAUGCCUUUAAAAACGAUAUUGCAGUUUGAGUGGCUUUUUCUCAGCACUACUUAUUUGUGUGUUAUAAUUUCAGCAAUAUCUCUCUUGCUUGCGGUAGCAGUAUUUGGAGCUAAUGCUUAUCGACGAGAUUGGUUGUUAUAUCCCAAAUUUAACGUUCUUUCAUGGGGAUAUUCGCUUUCUGUAGUUUCUUUGAUUUUUUUAACAUUGUCUGCUCUUGUGUUGCACAAGGAAUGUAAAAAAGCUUACGCAAUAAGGAACGAAUCAAAAAAUUUAGUAGCGCAAAUGGAGCUUCAAGAGACUGGUUACCAAACAUCACGUUUUCAUAAUAAUCAACACGCCAAAAAUCUUAAGGGAGGUUAUAUAUAAAAUAACUAUAUCAUUUUUAAUCUUAUAAAACUUACGUACAUAUGUAUAUAUGUAUUCAAAAUAUAAUAAAGUAAGCUUGAUAAAAAGCAUUUUUCAAAUGCUAAAUAUGUAUAAUUUAUGUUAUAAAAUAUGUAUAAUUUAUGUUAUAAAAUAUGUAUAAUUUAUGU